UACAUCUGUCCCUCUCCCAGCGCUGGCCCUAAAAUGAUCUCUGUUUCCCUCUCCCUCUCAUCGGCUCUCCUCUUCAUCUGUCCCUCUCCCAACGCUGGCCCUACAGAUCUCUCCCACCUCUCUCUUCCUGUCAAUCUCUUCACGAACAUUGAGGUACGAAUUUUCCAAGUGGGUCUCGUUUGGAUUGUGCUUCUAUUCUUUGGAGUAAUUAUUGCAAACCAAUUCAACAAUGCAUUUAACUGCACCCUUCAGCAUGUGAAAUUCCGAGUAGGCAAAGCCACAAGUCAUUCUUUGGAAGUUUAUGCCCCCUCUCGUCCAACAUUCAGAAGCAAGAAUCAGAAAUCGAGGCUACCUAGGCAAUUCUCUGUUAAUGAUGGUAGAUUAUCAAGUUAAGUGAAGCAUUAGUUUAUCCUUAAGCAUGGAAGUGAAAGAAAUGCCAUCAAUGCUUUUGAAUGAACCGAGGGAUUUCACAUUUACUCUUGCUACCUCCUCACAGGCCCAUAUGCAAAAAAGAAAAGAAAAGAAAAAAAAAAAGGGGCCUGCAAUAGUCAGGCAGACCCGUAGAUCUUCCAGGCUUAGUUGAGAUUCCUUUUUUCAAUA